AUGGCAAACUUUAACACCAUCCCUGCCACCACUACCAUCAAACCAGAGCCAUUCACACUCUACGUCCCAGACAAAGACCUCGCUGAAUUCCACGACCUGCUAAAACUCUCCAAGAUCGGCCCAUCAACAUGGUGGAACCAACAAACCGAUGGCCGAUUCGGAGUCUCACGCGAGUGGCUGUCCCACGCAAAGGAAACCUGGCUGAACAAAUUCGACUGGUGCGCACACGAAGCACAAAUCAACAGCGUCCCCAAUUUCAAAAUAACCAUCCACGACCACGAGGCAGGCGAUGUGCGUAUUCACUUCGCUGCAUUGUUCUCGAAACGAGAUGAUGCUGUCCCUGUUCUCUUCCUGCAUGGAUACCCAGGCUCAUUCAUGGAAUUCCUUCCUAUGAUGCGGCUGCUGGUUGAGAAGUAUACACCCGAGAUGUUGCCGUACCAUGUUAUUGUACCUUCAUUACCAGAUUAUGGAUUAUCUGGUGGUGCCAGCGAGGAUCUUGAGAUGACCCUCGACCGUGCAGCUCGGAUCAUGAACCAGCUGAUGCUUGACCUGGGAUUUGAUGGGUAUAUCGCGCAGGGAGGAGACCUGGGCAGUAUGCUUGCACGGAUGAUGAGCGUGGAGUACAAGGAAUGCAAAGCGCUUCACGUAAACAUGCUGGUUCUCAACACCGACGAAACACCCCCAGCGCCGGAAACCCACGAUAUAACGCCCGAAGAAGCAGCGCAUCUCGAACGAUCAGAGCGCUGGCAAGAGACGGGCUUCGCAUACGCCCUUGAACACGGAACCAGACCGUCAACAAUCGGACUCGUCGUGUCCUCUAACCCGCUCGCUUUACUAGCCUGGAUCGGCGAAAAACACCUCGAAUGGACAGACCCGCGCCAUCCGCUCCCCCUCGACACAAUCCUAGGCAUGGCCAGUUUCUACUGGUUCACAUCGACAUUCCCGCGCGGGCUCUACCACGCCGCGCUGGUGAAGAACAUCCUAGCCGGGAAACGGCAUCCGAUAUCGAAGGAGAAACCGCUGGGGUAUUCGCAGUAUCCGUAUGACAUGGCGAUGCUACCGGAAUCAUGGGCGAGGGAGAUUUAUCCGAACCUGGCGCUAUUCAGCAGACAUACGCAGGGUGGGCAUUUUGCUGCGUUGGAGAUGCCGGAGGCGUUUCUUGAUGAUGUGGAGGAGUUUAUUGGGCGGGUGCGUGAUAUUAUCUAG